GUUCAAACUCGUAUUGGUGUGGUCCCAGUUUCUGCAGCUUGUUUAGAAAGUUUGGAACGAGUUUCUGGUUGCUGAGAAUGUCCCUGAGUUGGUUGCGGUGACGAAUGUGCUGUUUCGGGAUUUGUAUGACUGAGGUCUGAGUUUGUCGAUGUUUUGUGUAGCGAUCUAGAUCUUUGAACUUGCUCUUAUUGGUGUUAUUUAUUUCCUGUUAUAGCUUGCUACCUUCAGGAGAGGCUCGUUGUUUCUUCGUCGCUUACUCCCAUCAGUUGGAGUUUCUCAAAGGUUUCUGUGUUCUCCUUUUCUCUUCAGAGUCGUUCUGAAUUCAGGUUUAAUUUCAGGUAUUCUCUACUUUCUUGUCGACAGUGCUCACACGUAAAGUUGUGGGUAUUAUGACUGUCGUUCGGUGUAGGAGUCCUCGGUAAGUAGCUACUUUGCUCCUUGUGUUCACUGUCUGGCAAUUUUCACUCCAGAAGUCUCCAGCGAGUUAGUAAUUUUGGAGCUGUCAUCGGAGAGAAUAUUCGUAAUUCUUCAACCCAGACAUUCUUAACCGGUAUAGCAACUGCACGAAUCUCUUGAUUACCGGAUGGAUUACGAAUCGACCACAACGACUUGACAAAAACCUUCGAAGCUUCGAAGGGAUGACCAUGGCGAAUGGGAUAAAAAUAUGGGUGCUGGUCCUUUUUCUGCUGAUCGGCACAAGCCUUGCAAUUUCGCGUCCCCAUUUCUCUGCCACGUCGGCCGGUUUGUCAUCCCCUGGCAAUCGUGAAGUUUCUCCGGUUCAACAACUCGAUGAACCAAAAUUUCUAGGCCCCUUGAGAACCGUAGCGAAGUGGAUAUGGUCGAUCGAAUUGGGCAGGGAAAAACUUCGUUGGCCCGAGCUAGAAUGGAACUGGAAGUUAAUACUGGCCAUGGUGUUGGGAACAUUGGGGGCCUCUAUAUGCAGCGCUGGUGGCGUUGGAGGAGGCGGGCUAUUCAUCCCCCUCUUCAAUCUCCUCAUCGGAUUCGAUGCGAAGUCGUCAGCUGCUCUCUCCAAUUUCAUGAUCUUCGGAGGAUCUAUCGCAAAUGUUUGGUGGAAUAUUCAGCGAGAUCAUCCGUUCCUGCCCGGGCACCCAUUGAUUGAUUUCGACGUUGUGCUACUCUUGCAGCCUAACAUGCUGUUGGGUAUCAGCAUCGGGGUUAUUUGUAACGUCGCAUUUCCAUCGUGGUUCAUCACUCUCGAGUUUAUCAUAACCUUGGGGUACAUCACUGCAAGAAGCUUCAGAAGUGGGUUGGUGAGGUGGAGAAAUGAGACUCGUUUGGUGCAGGAGGCGGCAGAGAAGACAGAUUUGUCCUCACAGGCUCAAGAACGAGGACAAGCACAUCUUGCUCAAGCGAGGUCGAGCUCUUUCGAUGUCCUCACAGGCUGUGUGCUCGAGGAAUCUGAGGCGGCAACUUCUGAAGCAUUGGAAAGGCUGGAUUCGAAACUAUCUUGGCAAAACCUUUGUCCCAAAGAGGGAGAUGAAGCAAUUGUGCCGCUAUUAGGUGAAUCUAAGCCGCCGAGGAACUUCCCUUACGUCAAGCUCUUGAUGUUGACACUGGUGUGGACGGCAUUUCUAGCAGUCCAACUUCUACGAGGAGGAAAAUCCAGCGAUAGCAUCCUGACCUUGGAGCCUUGUGGGGGGGCCUACUGGUUGCUGACAACUAUGCAAGUGCCGCUUGCCUUUCUCCUCACCGGAUGGUCUGCUUGGCAUCUACAUCAUGCGUUGGAGGAGAAAAAUACUCCAGAACUUGAGCUAGAGGAGUGGGAUGUAAUCGGGCCAAGGGCGUUUGUGCUCUUUCCGAGUAUGGCACUACUUGCAGGAUUCCUUGGCGGUAUGCUAGGUAUUGGAGGGGGCAUGAUUAUCAACCCCAUGCUCAUCGAACUCGGCAUGCAUCCUCAGCUCACAGCAGCAACAACUGCGUUCAUGGUGUUCUUUUCAUCUUCCUUAUCAGUGGUGCAAUUUUGGCUCCUGGGUCGCCUGCAACUUGAUUUUGCUUUGUUGUUCGGGGCAAUCUGUUUCGUUUCCUCUCUGAUUGGGCUCCAUGUUGUCCAACAAGCUAUCGCUAAAUUUGGACGACCCUCAAUUAUCGUAUUCUCUGUUAGCAUUGUCUUAGGUAUUAGCGCAGUUUCGACAACCAUUUGUGGAGGAUUCGAAGUUUGGGACCAGUUUACGGGUGGUGAAUACAUGGGGUUUCAUUACCCUUGUUAGAUAUAGGCUCUCAUUCCAAGACAAGUUACGCAAGCUAGAAAAAUAUUCUUGUAAUUACUGAUGGCCCCCGAUACAUGUCCACCUUGUAUAAUUACAAUCCGUCGAAUUAAAAAAUUAUUGUUAUUUA